UCUAUGGUUGUAUUUAUACCGGAAAAAACAGUUUUUGUUAUUGUUUGAAAAGUUUUGAAAGAAAGAAAAUAUAAAAAAAAAGUUGUUUAAAAGUGUUUUAUGUGUUUACAAGUAGGUACACUAUUAAUUUAAGAAGGCAAGAGUGUAUAUUAAGUGUUGUGCUUGUGAAUCAGAAAGAAAAAAUUCUAUUUAUGUUUAUUGCAUUUAAACUCCGAUUUUAAAAGGCAAAAGAAUUUCAUAUUUUUUCGACAAAAAAAAGUUUACAAAGGAAACAAGGAGCUCAAGUUCGUUAAUACUCUUCAAAAAGCGAAUGAUUGAGAUUUUUUUUCCAUAAAAGAAACAUUGUCAACUGUUCUGUUCUACUUGUCUGAAAAAUGUCAAAACGAAAAGGAGUGACUUUAGAUGAGAAGAAAUCGAGACUUCUGCAAAUAUUUUACGAGAAAAGAGAAUUUUUUACUCUCAAAGAAUUGGAGAAAAUUGCACCAAAAGAAAAGGGAAUUGUCGUUCAAUCUGUUAAGGAUGUAUUGCAAAAUUUAGUCGAUGAUGGUCUUGUUCACAGUGACAAAAUUGGAACAUCCAUUUAUUUCUGGGCAUUUCCUGGAGAAAAAAUAACUUCACUGGAAAAUCGGAUAGCAGAGGCAAAGAGAAGGAUUGUCGAAGCUGAAUUUAGAAUAAGAAAAUUGCAGGAAGAAAUUGAAAAGGAAAAGGCUGGUAAAGAGGACAGCGAAGAGAAGCAAAUUUUACUAACCGCAAUUGAGGACCUAAAGAAAAAGGAAGAUGAUCUUCACGGUCAUAUUGCAAAAUUCAAUGACGUAAAUCCCGAGGAAAUUGCAAAAUCAGCACGACAAUCAGAGCUGUACAAAGACGCAGCAAACACUUGGACAGAUAAUAUUUACGCAAUUCAAAGUUGGUGCAGAAAUAAAUUCAAUAUUGAGACCGAAGAUCUCAAUAAACAAUUUAAUAUCCCCGAGGAUUUAGAAUACGUAGAGUAAAAAUUAAAAAAAGAAACAAAUUUUACGAAAUUUAAUUUCGUUUAUUAUUAAUUCUUUUUUGUAUAAAAAUAUCUUUAUUAUUGUUCAUUAUAGUUCGUAGCGCAUUUGAUAAAGAAAUCUACUAAUUUUUAAUAAAUUUUAUUUUUUUUACGUAUGAAAAUAUCAUUAUAGUUCGUAACAGUUCGUAACAUUAUAAAAAAUCUAAUUUUUAGUAAAGUUUAUUUUUCCAAACAA